AUGUCUCCGCGGCGGAGGACAUUCCCGGUGCCGCACGCUGAACACGAGGUCUGGCUGAUCGGUGUUCCGGUGGCGCUCUCCGACUCCGUCCGUGCGCGCUCUUCGUCGGUCGAGGCCGACGCGACCCGCCUGCGGCUGGACCGCGUGAGUGCGAACCGGGCCACGUCCGAGCCGUCAGCUCGACAUCUGCCUUCCCUCUCCCUUGCAUCCUCGCCGCGCCACUCCCCCGCGCCACGACCGUCCCUCCCUCCGCUCCUCGUCCCUUCCGCAACAACACUCUCCGGCCCCCUCCCUCCCCUCUCCCUCCUCCCCUCCCUCCGCUCCCUCGACCUCUCCUACACGCCCUCUCUCGGCCCCCUCUCUAUACCGACGCUCCCCCUUCUCUCCCUCCCUCCGCCUUCCUCGACGCUCCCGUCCAACCCUCCCGGCCCCCUCCCCUCCUCCCUCCGCUUCCUCCUCCUCUCCCACAACUCCCUCUCCGGCCCCAUCCCCCUCGCUUUCUCCUCCUCAACGCCCCUUCUUCUCCACCUCAACCUCUCCAACAACCGCCUCACCGGCCCCGUCCCCUUCUCCGGCGCCGGCGGCCUCUGGUCCCUCGCCCGCCUCCGCGCCCUCGACAUCUCCUCCAACGACUUCUCCGGCGGCGUCCCCGCCGGCGCCGCCGCCCUCCGCAACCUCAAGCUCCUCGACGUCAGCCGCAACCGCCUCUCCGGCCCCCUCCCCCCCGACCUCGGCGCCUGCCGCCACCUCGCCGCCCUCGACCUCAGCCGCAACGCCUUCUCCGGGCCCCUCCCGGACUCCCUCCGCCUCCUCUCCUCCCUCGUCUCCUUCUCCGCCGCCGGUAACCGCCUCUCCGGACCCCUCCCCGCGUGGGUCGGCAAUCUGUGGGUUCUACAACUUCUUGAUUUCGCCGAUAACGACCUCUCCGGAAGCCUUCCGGAGACGCUCGGCGGGCUGAGGGACCUGAAUUACCUCGGCCUGUCCAACAACCGGCUCGGCGGCUCGAUCCCCCGUUCCCUCGCGCAGUGCGCGCGGCUCCGCGAGCUGCGGAUGAAGGGGAACGCGCUCUCCGGGAGCAUUCCGGAGGCGCUGUUCGAUCUGGGAUUGGAGUCGAUCGACCUCUCGUCGAACCAGCUGUCCGGGGCGGUGCCCGCGGGGUCGGCGAGGCUGGCGGAGGCGCUGCGGUGGCUCGACCUGUCGGAGAAUCGGUUCGCGGGGAACAUCCCCGCGGAGAUGGGGCUGUUCUUCAACGUCAGGUACCUCAACCUGUCGUGGAACGAGCUCCGGACGCAGCUGCCGCCGGAGCUCGGGCUGUUCCGGAACCUCUCGGUGCUCGACCUCCGGAGCUCCGCGCUCUACGGGCCGAUCCCCGGCGAGUUGUGCGACUCCGGGAGCCUCGCGGUGCUCCAGCUCGACGGCAAUGCCCUCUCCGGCGCCAUCCCGCCGGAGAUCGCAAAUUGCUCCUCACUCUACUUGCUGAGUUUGUCGCACAACAGCUUGAGCGGAUCGAUUCCGGCGGCGAUGGCGGAGCUGAAGAAGCUCGAGAUCCUGCGGCUGGAGUACAACAACCUGACCGGCGAGAUCCCGCCGCAGCUUGCGGGGCUCGACAACCUCCUGGCGGUCAACAUUUCGCACAACCGCCUCAUCGGCCGCCUGCCGGCCGGCCCGGUAUUCGAGACGCUCGACAGCAGCGCCAUCGACGGCAACCUCGGCAUCUGCAGCCCCCUCGUCGCCGAGCCGUGCCGGAUGAACGUCCCCAAACCGCUCGUCCUCGACCCGAACGCGUACCCGCGCGACGGCGGCCGCAGCGGCGGCGCCGCGAACCAGCUGGUCGACUUCCCGGGCCGAGCCGCGGCCAAGCGCCGCAACUUCCUCAGCGUGUCCGCCAUCGUCGCGAUCUCCGCCGCGGUCGUCAUACUCGUCGGCGUCGCGGUGGUCACCCUACUCAACAUAUCGGCGCGGCGGAGGAUCGGGCUGCUGGAAAACGCGUUGGAGAGCAUUUGCUCGAGCUCGACGAAGUCGACCGGAUCGCCCGCGGUCGGAAAGACGGUUUUAUUCGGUCAGAAGAGUAGCCUGCGGUCGGAAGUCGAGACGGUCGGAGGCGCAGAGGCGCUGCUGAGCAAAGCCGCGGAGCUCGGCCGCGGAGUGUUCGGUACCGUCUACAAGGCGUCGGUCGGAGAAGGGAGGGCGGUGGCGAUAAAGAAGCUUCUCGCCGCGAACGUAGUGAACUCCCACGACGAUUUCGAUCGCGAGGUUCGAACCCUAGGGAAGGCGCGGCACAGGAAUUUGAUGCCGGUGAAAGGAUACUACUGGACUCCGCAGCUUCAGCUGUUGAUCUCCGACUACGCCCCCCGCGGGAGCCUCCACGCGAGGCUCCACGAGGAGGAUGCGGCGCUGUUCUCGUGGCCGGACAGGCUCAAAGUCGUGCUCGGCGUGGCGAAGGGCCUCGCGUACCUGCACCAAUCCUUCCGACCGCCGAUCAUCCACUACAACAUCAAGCCGAGCAACGUCCUGCUCGACGAGAGCGGCGAGCCGAUGGUGUCGGACUUCGGGCUCGCGCGGCUCCUGCCGAAGCUCGACAGGCACGUCGCGAGCGCGCGGUUUCAGGGGGGGAUGGGCUACGUCGCGCCGGAGCUGGCGUGCCAGAGCCUGCGGAUCAACGAGAAGUGCGACGUGUACGGGUUCGGGAUCCUGGUCCUCGAGGUCGUGACGGGGAGGAGGCCCGUGGAGUACGGGGAGGACGACGUCGUGAUACUGAUCGACCGAGUGCGGGUGGCGCUGGAGCAGGGGAACGCGCUCGGGUGCGUCGUCGAUCGGCGCAUGGACAACGCGUUCCCCGAGGAGGAGGUGCUGCCGGUGCUCAAGCUGGGGUUGGUUUGCGCGUCGCAGAUACCGUCGAGCCGGCCGUCGAUGGCGGAAGUGGUGCAGAUACUGCAGGUUAUAAAGACACCAGUGGGGGAUAGAAUGGGGGGUUUCUGAUGCAGCUGCUGCAAAAAGCCUAUGGAUGGAUUCAAAUCAAAUCAAAUCAAAAUCCACUUUUUUUAAAAUAUUGCUUUGUGUUCUUGAGCAGUUAUGUGAAUCUAUUUUCUGUGUUAAUUAGUUGUUGUUAAAUUCAGAUGCUUCAAUCAAUCAAUGUAACCUUUUCACUGUUAAUUUCUGUUUUUUAUUUUUAUUUUUA